AUGAUCUCUCUUCUCUGGCUUGUUUUCUUGGUUCACCUGGCCAUUUACCUCGUCAACACGAUCGGCGCAAGCACGAUCGACAACCUGCUAUGGAUCCUCUACCUCAAACUGCCGACCUCUGUCUCGAAAGAUGCCCGAGAACACUACCGGUUGAAGCGCGAGGUGGUCCAGCUCAAACGGGAGAUGAACGCCACCAGCUCGCAGGAUGAAUUUGCCAAGUGGGCCAAGCUGAGGAGGCGACACGACAAGGCCUUGGAGGAAUAUGAGGCGAAGAACAAAGCCCUCCUCGCCAAGAAGACUUCCUUCGACUGGACGGUGAAGACGGCCCGUUGGCUGAGCACGAACGGAUUCAAGCUGUUUCUUCAAUUCUACUACGCCAAGACUCCCAUGUUCGAACUUCCUCCAGGCUGGAUGCCCUACUCGGUGGAAUGGAUGCUGUCCUUCCCCCGGGCGCCUCUCGGCACCGUCAGCAUCCAGAUCUGGAGCAGUGCGUGUGCGACGGUGAUCACUCUUACGGGCGAGGGCGUAGCGUCUCUAGUGGCAAAAGGGCAAGCGCGGAAAGCGCAGCCCAUCUCGGCAGGAAACAAUAGACCAGAGAAAUCCGAAGCGGCAUCCAAGAAGGAGUUAUAA